AUCCGCAAAGUCAGAGUGUGGGAACGACUUUCACCGGCCACACGUGUGGAGAGUUUGAGAAUUAGAAAUUUAGUUUAUUUUGAUAAUUAAAUAAAAGUACAACAACAAAAAAUAAAAUUGGUUUUACCACUAUCAUCUCUUGGAGGAUAUCGAUCGAGAGGAACAACAAAAUUUGUCCAUCUCCAUAAUAUUUACUACCAAUUACCAUGUGCUAAAGAGACAGAUCAAAGAUGGAUAAAUCUACAACGUUACUUCUCCAACAUGGACGUUAUUAUUGGCGACACAGAGCUAUUCCUUUAGCCGUUGUCAACAAAUUCGUUCUGGCUGACUCUUUAUCCCAAAGAUUUGUCUCCUCCCCUUUAUCGUCGUGGUCAAGAAUAUCAGGAAUAUAUGAACGAGUACAAGAUGUAUUUCAUGUUCGAAAAUUCUCUCAACAAACCUCAUCGUCCAACAUCCUCCUCACUGAAUAUGAGUUGGAAUAUGACAGGAUAGUUUCUACACUUCCAAGAAUUCCGAAGCAAUCUUACGGUCGGACCUUCCUUGACGUUUGGAUAGGCAAAAAUACAACUUCCUCAUCAAUUCAACAACAAAAACAAAUUGGAAAGAUCCACUGGCCAAGUUUGAUUGCAAAAUGUCUCCAGCUUGAUAAAAGCAUGAAUGAAAAGAAUUUUGGAGGGAUUUUGAUGUCAUUUUGUAUUAAAAAUGAGUCUUAUCACAUUGCAAAAGACUACAUGGAAUGGGAACGGAAUCCAAAUGUGGCAACUCUUUCUGGGUAUUUAAAAAUUUGCACCGACCUGAAGCAAAGAAGCGAUCCAGACUAUCUCUCAACAAUUUUAGGGUUGUAUGACGAGCUGAAAUCCAAAUGUGGUGGAAUUUUUGAUCGCCAAACUGGAGACAAAGCAAUCACUGCUAUUUGCAAAACAAAAAGAUGGAAGGAAGCACUGGAUAUUUUGCAAGGGAUUAAAGUUGGAGGAGAUCCAUUGUCAACCUCAUAUGCCGUAGUAGCAACAGCAGCAUUUGAUAAUUUACAAUUCGAUAUUGGAUGGGACUAUUUGAACGUAAUUGGAUACAGAACAUUAGCGGAAGAUGCACUAAUUAGCUGGCUCAACAAUUGUACACCUUCCACAGAAGAAAAUAUGGCCAAAGUUCUCGAGUACAUGAAUUUAUAUGAACAUUUCCCAACGUCAAAACUAAUUAAGGAAAUCCAGUACUACUUUGAAACCAAGCUCAAGUACAAGGGGGUAACCUCAAGCAUAAUUCCAAGACGUGGCGUGUGCAAAAAUUGUCUGAAUCAAAUGGAACGGUCUAUUAUCACUCAAGAAGAAUUUGACAAGCUCCGUGAUCAUUUCUUUACUCAUGUUCUAGUAAUGAAUGACAUUUUUAUAAACACUACGCCAUCAGAGUUGGAAAAGUACAAAGCCUUCAUAAACCGGCCACAGAUGACGAAUUCCAAACCUUAUGACUUUAUUUUGGACGGACUUAACAUUGCACUUUCUUGCGGGAGAGCAACUGGAAAUCGUAGCCACUCACCUGCCUUUAUUUUGGAAUUAUUCGUCUCUCACUUACACCGAGCAGGCUACAAGAUUCUUGUCAUUGGACGGCAACACAUGCAAAAAUGGAGUCAAGGGCACAUGAAAAGUAUAAGCUCAAUGGCAGAUGUCUAUCUCAUAGAAGAUCAAUCUCAAGAUGAUCCUUUCCUUAUCUGGGCGACAUUGAAGAGUGGAAUGAAUGCACAGUUUGUAUCAAAUGACUUUAUGCGCAACCAUACUUUUAGACUGAAGGAUUAUGAAAUGGCCAGAUUGUUCAAGAGGUGGAGACUAAGUCAUCAAAAGGCUCCCAUGAUUCAAUUGAGGGGUCAAGGAGAAGCCAACAUUCGUUUGGAACCGUUUGCAGAAAUUGUUCCCAUUAUUCAAAAGAAUGAAGAAAGUGGAUAUUGGCAUAUUCCUUAUGACUUGGAAAGAAUUGUAUCGCCUUAUGACAUACCAAAAAGAUGGAUGUGUUUUAAACAUGUUCCUUGUAGAAAAUAAAUAAACAUGUUAUUAAUAAUUUAAUAUUCA